AGUGAAUUCUCUCUCCAUGGGAUGCUGAUUCUUCUCCAAAGAGCACAGAGGACAGCAUGGCAGUGGCUUUUGAUGCAAUCCUCGCUCGGAUCAAGGAUGUUUGUAAAAGAAAUGGUUUGCUCAUUCUCUCGGUGUUGUCGGUCACCAUCGGCUGUCUUCUCGGAUUCUUCCUGAGGACGAGACGGCUCUCCCAGCAGGAAAUUAGUUAUUUCCAGUUUCCUGGUGAGUUACUGAUGAGGAUGCUGAAAAUGUUGAUCCUCCCACUGGUUGUCUCAAGCUUAAUGUCUGGGCUAGCAGCCCUGGAUGCCAAGACUUCCAGUCGAUUAGGUAUCAUAACCGUCACUUACUACCUGUGGACAACAUUUGUGGCUGUAGUUGUGGGAAUAAUUAUGGUCUCCAUUAUCCAUCCUGGUGGAGCAGCACAGAAGGAGAGCACUGAAGAGGGCGGAAAGCCCAUCAUGAGCUCUGCAGAUGCACUGCUUGACUUAAUCCGGAACAUGUUUCCAGCCAAUCUUGUUGAGGCCACAUUCAAGCAGUAUCGCACCAAAAGUAUUCCCAUCAUUAAAUCUAACAAAGCAUCAUCUGAAAGCACCACUCGUCGCAUUAUAAUAUAUGGAGUCCAAGAUGAGAAUGGAUCCAAUGUCCAGAAUUUUGCCUUGGAUAUCACUCCCCCCCCUGAAGUGAUUUACAAAUCAGAACCAGGCACUAGUGAUGGCAUGAAUGUGCUAGGGAUUGUGAUAUUCUCUGCCACAAUGGGUAUAAUGUUGGGAAGAAUGGGGAACAGUGGCGUUCCUUUGGUCAGCUUUUGCCAGUGUUUAAACGAAUCUGUCAUGAAGAUAGUGGCAGUUGCUGUUUGGUAUUUUCCAUUUGGAAUUGUGUUCCUAAUUGCUGGUAAAAUCUUAGAAAUGGAUGACCCCUCAGCCAUUGGGAAGAAACUGGGUUUCUAUGCCAUUACGGUGGUUUGCGGCCUGGUGGUGCAUGGGCUGUUUAUUCUGCCAAUGAUGUACUUCUUUAUCACCAAGAAGAAUCCCAUUGUCUUCAUCAGAGGGAUUCUUCAAGCCUUGCUCAUUGCUCUGGCCACAUCCUCCAGCUCAGCCACACUGCCUAUCACUUUCAAGUGCUUGUUGGAGAAUAACCAUGUGGACAGGAGGAUUGCGAGGUUUGUGCUGCCUGUGGGAGCCACCAUCAACAUGGAUGGGACGGCGCUGUAUGAGGCGGUGGCUGCCAUCUUUAUUGCACAAGUAAACAACUAUGAGCUGGACUUUGGGCAGAUUAUUACUAUAAGUAUCACAGCAACAGCUGCCAGCAUAGGUGCUGCAGGUAUCCCGCAAGCUGGCCUGGUGACAAUGGUCAUUGUUCUGACCUCAGUUGGGCUCCCAACAGACGACAUCACGUUGAUUAUUGCCGUUGACUGGGCACUAGACAGGUUUAGAACAAUGAUCAACGUCCUGGGAGAUGCGCUGGCUGCUGGGAUCAUGGCCCACAUCUGCCGGAAGGAGUUUAUCAAGGAUGGUGAUGAGGUGCCAUUGAUCUGUGAAACUAAGCCUAUUAACAUCCAUCAGAUUGUGGCUUACCAGAGAAAUGGCUGUGUGAAGACCAUGAAUGAAUCUCGUGGACCAGAAACAGUGAAAGGGUUUCAGCACCACAUACCCGUACAAGUGGAGCAAGAAGAAAGUCCAGUGGAGAAUCACACUAAGAAAUCCAACAGUAAAGACCACUGCACUAUUGAAAUAAAUGAACUAGAAACAAAUGUGUAA